UCAGGGAGUGGGGUGCCUUCGUUUGCCUGUCCCCUGUUUUUUGUGUUGACGCUCCCUCUGUCCUCCCCGCACCCCCCCCCAGCCCUUUUCUCCCUCCCUUCCUCCUUGUGGGGAGGCUCUUGGCCGGGGUCCCUGAGCCCGGGCGGGUGCUGGCGGAGGACGCAGAAGGGGUGAGGUCACAUCUCCCUUGAGCCCCAAGCCACUGGCUUUUCAGAGCCUCGCCACGAACCAGCGGCCAGAGCCCCAGACCACACAGACUGUGCGCUCCUCCGCCCUCCCAGCGCCACCGGCCUCGCCCAUGUCUCAGUACGCCCCCAGCCCGGACUUCAAGAGGGCUUUGGACAGCAGCCCCGAGGCCAACACUGAAGAUGACAAAACCGAGGAGGACAUCCCCUUGCCCAAGAACUACCUGUGGCUCACCAUCGUCUCGUGUUUCUGCCCUGCGUACCCCAUCAACAUCGUGGCUUUGGUCUUUUCCAUAAUGUCUCUGAACAGCUACAACGAUGGAGACUACGAAGGAGCCAGGCGGCUUGGGCGGAAUGCUAAGUGGGUGGCCAUCGCCUCCAUCAUCAUUGGCCUUCUCAUCAUCGGCAUUUCUUGUGCAGUUCACUUCACAAGGAAUGCCUGAGGAACCAGCGGUUGGUCAGCGGGCUGUGAGCGUGGAAGAUGCACCUCAUGCACACACACCCCAAAGGAGUUUCUGAGGAAUGGAUCCUUGACUUCAGACUGUGAGAUCUUUUCCUCCAGGGCUCUCCAGAGGCAGGUCCCUGGCAAAAAAAAAAAAAAAAAAAAAAAAAAAAGAAGUCCAAAUUUUUAGGAAAUCCAAGCUGCACAGCCGGAUCAGCCAAAGUCAUUGAUUUGUAAAAAUGAAAAGAAAACAGAAAAAAGAAAAAUGAAAUCUCACUGUCUCAGUUUAGCGAGUCCCGUGGUGUCUACUCCUGUCCUCCAGAGGCAAGCCUCAGAAAAUCGCGUAACUUUUCACUGGGGUGAUCCACGGGGUCUCCAUAUAGGGGGAGAGGGAAGUUUCUGGAAGAGCCGCAAGUGCUGGUUUUUACAAUUUCAAGCACAAACAUUUGCAGCAUGUUUAAAAUUGUCUAGUAGAGUUCAAGUUGUGGAUUUGCUUUUCCUUUUGUUCUGACAUGUUGUAGCCUCACUUCAACCUUCAGUAACUCCUCCUCUGGGAGUCAGCGCUCCCAUGCCCGGAAUUCACCCCUCUGGUUACCAAAGACUCAAAGAAGGGGCUUUUCUGGCCUUUUGUCUUGAUCCUUAUGUUUCCAAAUAGGCCCCCUCUCUUGCUUGCAUCCAUGUUGGCCGACUUGGCCACAACCUCACUCUUCACACAAACAGACUCUGAGAAUGGACUUAGUGGCCAAUUCUAGGCACAUGAGCACCUUCUUCAUCCCAGUGUUGGGAAUACACUGGAUGUAUUUAUA